UUGUAUAGCACUUUAAGCCGCGCGUGAAAUUUGUGUUUUCCUGAUCAACCGAUGAUUUUUUUCUUAGUUGGUUAAAACAAAGUAACACAAUGAGCAAGAAAAGCAAUGUAUCUUGGAUAAAACCUGCAGAGCCUUCAUUUCUCAGGAAAUUCAAGAAUGACGUUGGUUUCAAGGAGGGACCCACGAUCGACACAAAGAGACAAGAAUUGCCCAAAUCAGAUGAUGACAGCAGCGACAGUGACCGCGAGGAUGAGAAGCCGCAAGUGGUCGUUCUGAAGAAAGGAGACCUGACUGCCGAGGAGGUCCAGAAGAUCAAAGGCGACAUUAAAGGUUCCAAAGAAGAAGAGGAGCCACCUGCAGAUGGCAAAAUCAUGUUUAGGAAGCCCACAAAACGCUCCUCUGAGAAGUUUCAGGGCAUCACAGCCAGCUCAAGCAAGAAGAAGAAGAAGGAGGAAGAAGACAAGAUUGACAAAGGGAAGGAGGAGAACCCAGGCAAGAAGGUGAAGAACAGCAGCCUCCUCUCGUUUGGCGAUGAUGAUGAUGAGGAAGAAGAUGAGGACUAGACUCAGGAGGACAGGGAGGUGCAUGAUCGCUGAGGUGAUGCUGCUGAGGGGUAGAGUGAAGAGUAUUAAGAGUAUUGGGUUGG